AUGCAAUUCUUAAGUUCACUAUUCCUUUUGGCUUCCCUUAUUUACUCUGUCUCCGCUCAUACCACAAUGUCCUACCCUCUUCCUAGGAGUCAUAUUUUUAAUCCCAAUACUCUCUUUAAAGAUUAUACUUGCCUUACAUCUCCUUUGAAUGGGGGUGUAGGUUGUUUGCCUAAACCUUUCCCUUGUGGUGGUUACCCAGUUGAUACAAAAUUUAGUACUGUUCUUAUCGCUGGUCAAAAAUUUAAUGUAACAUUUUAUAAUCCCGCUGCUCCAAAUCCUGAUUCUAGUACUGAUCAAGCUCGUCAUAAUGGUGGUUUAUGUGAAUUUGCAUUAUCAUAUAAUGGUGGUAAAACCUGGACCAAAAUUGCCACUUACCACAAAACAUGCCCUGACGUUUUGUUCGGAUGGACAGUCAAAAUUCCUGAAAAUGCUCCAACUUGCGAUACACUUGGUCAAUGUAUAUUUAGUUGGUCCUGGAUAAAUGCUGCUGGAAAUCUCGAAUUCUAUCAAAAUUGUGCUGACGUUAAAAUUAUUGGAAAAUCCAUUACACCAUUACCAGAAAUAGAUAUUACCAAAGCCAAUUUACCUGACUUUGAAGAUGCUUUUUUCCCUGAAGGAGAUCCAUCAAAUUCUGGAAAUGCGAAAGGUUCAGGUCCACUUGCUAAAGAUAUUGCUGAAAAUUUAAAACCUUUCCCAACAAAGCCAGAGCCAGAAUAUGCAUCGGAAACAAUCAAAUGUGUAGAAGACAAGAAAAGUCCUUAUUAUAUUGUUUAUAAUAAUGGAAAGAAAACUACCCAUAAAUGUAAAGGUACUAAGGUAUGCCACCAAAAAGAUAACAACAUCGUCUGUAAAAAAUAG